AUGGGUUCCUCAUUCUGCAACACCACGUUGGAGGAAUUACGAAUCCACCCUGGCGAUGAACGUCCCAUAGCCGGGCCCCUAACCUUCCACUCCCUCGCCCUCAUAAUCGCCGCCGCCUCGACCCUGGUAGCCAUAGCUAUGAGCUUCUACCUGAUCAUGCGACACGCGACCAACUACACCGUUCCCAACGAGCAGAAGCAAAUCAUUCGUAUUUUAUUCAUGGUCCCAAUCUACGCCUGCUCCUCCUUUUUGUCCUUACGCUACUACUACCACGCCAUCUACUUCCAAGUCAUCAGCGACUGCUACGAGGCCUUCGCCAUUAGCUCCUUCUUCAGCUUGAUAUGCCACUACAUCGCGCCCGAUUUGCAUUUGCAAAAGGACUACUUCCGCGAGAUGCAGCCUAUUAAAGAUUGGGUGUUCCCGCUGAACUGGAUGGCCAAGUGCUGUGGCGGGCACAGGAAGGGUCCCUGGAGGACGCCGAGGAGUGGGCUGACAUGGUUUAACAUUAUCUGGAUUGGGGUCUAUCAUUACUGCUUUGUGAGAGUGGCCAUGACGGUUGCGGCCGUCUUGAGUCAGUAUUAUGGACGGUAUUGCGAGAGUAGUAAUUCGCCCAUGUUUGGGCAUAUUUGGAUCACAGCAAUCCAAUCCAUCGCCGUCACCAUCGCCAUGUACGCCCUCAUCCAAUUCUACGUCCAGUUGCGCUCCACCCCGCAACUCUCCCCCCAAAAACCCUUCCUCAAAGUCCUCGCCAUCAAACUUGUCAUCUUCCUCUCCUUCUGGCAAUCCGUCGCCAUCUCGGUAGCCACCUCGGAAACCAUUCACAUCGUCGAACCCAACUCCAUCUUGGCCUAUCCCGACAUCAAAGUCGGCAUCCCCUCUUUACUCCUCUGUUUCGAAAUGGCCUGUUUCGCCAUCCUGCAUCUCUGGGCAUUCCCCUAUAAACCAUACACCACCGCCCGCGGCGGCGGCGACUUGGCUUUCACCGGCCCUGCCCCAAAACACGGAGGACCCAUGGGCAUCCUCGCCCUCUGGGACGCCAUCAACAUCUGGGACGUGGUCAAGGGGUUCGGCAGAGGCAUCCGGUGGUUAUUCGUGGGCGUCAAGAAGCGCGAGAGGGACGUGAGUUAUCUCCAUCUGGACAAGGAAAGUCACCCGCUGGGAAACAGCAUUCCUCUGCGGGGCGCCAGCACCCGAGGGAGACAAAAGAGCAGCGACUCGUCCAUGACGACCAUGAGCGAGGUGGAUAUUCAUCAUCAACAUCAACAUCUUCCACAGGAGACAUUGACAAUGACGGGAGUAGCAGUAGGGGACUUGGAAGCGCCGGCGCAGGCGCAUCAGCACCAUUAUGCGCAUGGGGUGGUGUAUGGACAUGAUGGGCAUGGGCGCGUACCUGAUACGAGUUAUAGAGGUGCCCAUGCGGUGAGGACGGAAAGCUUUGAUAGCUUGGAUUUGGGUGCGGGCGGAGGGAUGCCGAGGGCGGAGUAUGAACGACGAGGACGAAGCGGGUCUGCUGCUUCGGUUGAUGAGCAUCAUUAUUAUGAGGGCCGCAACGCUGGUGGUAGCGGUGGGGGUACGAUGACGUAUCAUGGGGGACCAGGUAUGUACAGAAACCAGAGCAGCGGGUACUAUGAUCCUCUGCCUGGGCCACGAGACGAGGAUGAUAGUGUUGGACUGGUUAGGCAUGCGCCAUAUCCGUAUGGAGGUCAGGGUGGCUAUCGAUAGGCCCGAAGGGGGCUAGCCGGCUGGUUUGGUUCAUUCAGGUGGAGGAGGAAUCAUUUUCAUGAGCAAUUUGCAUUUUUAUGUUAUAUACCAUUUCGUGCAGCAGGGUAUCAAUCAGCUUAUAUUGAAAC